AUGACCCGUAACAAUCUCUCGGAGAAUCUGGAUUGGCUUCUUCAGCAUGAGCACUCCAUCAAUCGUCACCUUCAGCACACCGAAUUGCCAGUGCUCACGAGCUCGCCUGCGAUAGAGGAUGGCCAGCCGCAAGCCGCAGAUGACAUGGCAAGACUACAGAUCGGACCGCAAAGUACGAACCGACCCAGAUUACUGGCGCAAGAAGCACAGAAUAUAGGUCUUCCGACUCCGUCACCAUCGAGGACAAGAUCACCCCGACGAGCAUCGGUCUCCAGGCCCAAUGUCUCAUUGCCCGUAACACCACUGUUGGAGGUUGAAGCCCGUCUACGCAACUCGCCGCCGUCUGCGGCGCUUGAUCUGGUACCCGACUCCGACAUCAUCGACAUUGAUGAUAUAGACAGCGACGAGGCCUCGAAUGCACGGGCAGAUCAGCUCAAUACGUCAACGUUCGGCGACUGGGGGACUCCAAAGCGGCUUUGGGACGAACAAGCCGCGAAUUACGUGAGGCCGCCAUCGUCCCAAAAGAGCAAGAAGAGGAAGAGCGAGGAACAUGGACCCAACGAUUCCUCUAAGCGGCCAUCGUCUCGCAAGAAGCGGCGGUCGACGAGGACGCCGCCUCGCCAGAAUACAGACGACCUACAAGAUAGUAUACUUGAGGCAGAGGCGCAUUCGGACAGCUUUUUGGCUUCCAAGUCUCAGCAGUCUGUGCUGAAGAGAGCGAAGAAGUCCGAUGCUAGCUCCGAUAUCGAUUUCGACGACUUCAUGAGCGCAGACGAUGGCCCGACGCAAUGCCCACCUGCUGCAGUGUCCGAUGCAGACAAAGCCGAGUCGCCCAAAGUCAAAAGCGGUGCCUCGAAGCCUCCGCAACGGGCGUCUCGAGAGCCUACAUAUGAGCCUGCGGAACUUGAACCCUGGAACCAAGGCCCGCCAGCCCCUCCCGGGCCUACAGCUGCUGGCUCUGCGAAAGUGAGUGGUGGCGAAACGCCGCCAAUCGUUCCAACGGCAACCCAAGAAUCUUCUUCCCAACCACGCGUGAUAGAUUCUGCUAAGGUAUCUUUGACCGCAGAGGAGAAAGCGAUCGUAACUAAUUUUAUGCAUGUCGACUGCCGCCGUAUCAACGAUCUCAUAACGCGCUUGGAGGCUGCCUUCAAGGCAGCUAAUGCAGCACACACUCAUUACCUUUGUGAGGAAGGCCAGGUCUCUCCGAAGCUAAAAGAACGCAAGAAGCAGGCCGCGGGUCACCUGAAGGCUACGAAGAAAGUGCUCGCAGCUCGUGAAGAGCUGGCAAAGGUUAUGGCCGAGAGAGACGCUAAGAAGAAGGAGCUGAAUCGCCUGCUUGACGAAGGCCAUGACGAGGAUUCGGACGAUGAGGACGAUCCUCUGAACACUUUGCAAAAGACAAUCAUCAACAUGAAGCCAAGAGUCGACCAGAAGGAGCUCGAGGUCUUUCAGCAUCUUCAAGAUGCGGGUUUGUCGAGGCCCAGUGGGCAAGACCUGUUUGAAAGCCCACGCAAGGCGGCGAUCGAACCAUCGCCAGCCACGGUGGGCGUUCUUGUCGCUUCAACUCAGAAGCCACGAGGCCUUAGUCCGCCUAAGCUACGUGGCUCUCCAGCCAGAACGCCUGGGUAUGCAAGUCAGCAUGUAGUGCAGACUCCGAUGCCUUACGACCGGAACAAUUACCGAGAGCGAUCUCCGCAAGUCUUCCCAGCCGGGCCGACACGUGUGACACCGCCGAGAUACGCCGGAAGCGACUCGCAUCGUCCUCCCCCGCGACAGUACGAGACCAGUGGCUACACAAUGAAUAUGGGCAGUCCUCCGCCUCGCAGAGAUCAGGAUGAGAACCUUUUUGAAGAAGGAGACGACGAAGAUAUGCUCGAUGCCGCUGAUGCAUUCGAGCAAUCCUUCAAUGAAGCUGACUUGGAUCGCCCUCCGCUUGCUGAACUGAGCGACAAUGUCCAGCGGCACAAACACGUUUCAGCCAGCGCAUCUGCCGCCAAAGCUGUGAAAACGCCCGAGAAAACAUACACAUGGACGAAAGAUGUCUUCAGAGCUCUGCGAAAGCGCUUUCACCUGAAGGAGUUCAGAGAGAAUCAGCUCGAAGCCAUCAAUGCCACUCUAGCUGGCAAGGACGCUUUCGUGCUCAUGCCAACCGGCGGCGGGAAGUCUCUUUGUUACCAGUUGCCAUCCAUUAUCGAUUCUGGUAUGACUUCGGGCAUCACCGUUGUCGUGUCUCCGCUUCUGAGCUUGAUGCAAGACCAGGUGGACGCGAUGACUCGUUUGCGCAUACAGGCCCAGUGUUUCAAUGGCGAUAUUGGGCCAGAGCAGCGCCGCACGAUCUUGCAAAGCUUGAAAAGCUCCGAGCCAGAAAAGUUCGUGCAGCUGCUCUAUGUCACUCCGGAGAUGAUGUCGAAAAGUGUUGCCUUCAUGGAUACCCUGAAGCAGCUUCACAACAUUAAGAAGCUCGCCCGCAUAGUCAUCGAUGAGGCGCAUUGCGUGAGCCAGUGGGGACACGAUUUUCGACCGGACUACAAGGAGCUUGGCAAUGUUCGCAAGCAAUUCAGGGGCGUGCCUGUCAUGGCGCUGACGGCGACGGCCACAGAGACGGUCAAGGUCGACGUCAUGCAUGUCCUAGGUAUGGACAACUCCCAGAUCUUCACGCAGAGUUUCAAUCGGCCCAACUUGUGCUACUCGAUACUCAAGAAAACGAAGGGUACGAUUGUGAGCAGCAUUGCAGAGCAAAUCAAUCAGUCAUACCGCAGAAAGUCAGGGGUUAUCUAUUGUUUGUCAAGGAAGACCUGUGAAGACGUUGCCAAACAGCUUCGAGAGAAACAUGGCAUCAAUGCCGCACAUUACCAUGCAGGCAUGGACGCACCGGAUCGCAGGGAUGUCCAACAAAAAUGGCAGAGGAACGAGUUUCUUGUCAUUGUUGCCACAAUUGCCUUCGGAAUGGGUAUUGACAAGCCGGACGUGCGAUUUGUGAUACACCACAGUUUGCCUAAAACACUUGAAGGUUACUAUCAGGAGACUGGUCGAGCAGGACGCGAUGGCGAGCCCUCUGACUGCUUUCUAUACUAUGGUUAUGGCGAUACAGCUCAUCUACGACACAUGAUCAACGACUCGGACGGCGACUGGCAGAUCAAAGAGCGCCAACAUUACAUGCUCCGCUGCAUGGUCCAAUUCUGCGAGAAUCGAACGGAUUGCAGACGAAAGCUAGUCCUGGCAUAUUUCAACGAGCAUUUCAAGCCCGAGGACUGUGGGCAGACAUGUGACAACUGCAGUUCUAAUAGCGUGUUCGAAGAACGUGACCUCAGCAAGCACGCGCAGAACGUCAUAUCAAUGGUUCAACAACUUAAGGGAAGCAACGUGACGAUGACUCACUGCAUCGACAUUUAUCGUGGCGCUGGUGGGAAAAAGAUGACUGACACCCAGCACGAUGAUUUGGCACAGUUCGGCAUGGGAAAGGAUCUCCAGCGCGAGGACAUCGACCGUUUGUUCCACCGUCUCGCCUUAGACGAAGCUCUGGAGGAAUAUCAGUUCAAGAAUAAAGCUGGAUUCAAUCAGCAAUACGUCAAACUCGGCAGGCGGUAUCGAGACUUCCUUGAGGGCAGAGAGAGGCUGCAGAUGCAGUGUCGAGUCUCUCCAAGAGCAAAAGCCAAAGCAAAGGCGCCUGACAAGGCAGCUGCGAAAUCCAAGAAGAGAAACGCAGGCACAGGGGUCGCUGCAGCUACCGAUGAAUAUCCUGCGUCGACAAAUGUGUCCUCUCCGAUUCAAGCGCAUGCUUCGCGUCAGAUGAAUCGACGACGGCUCACUGUCGAAUCUGACUCUCCUAGCGACAGCGACUUUGCUCCCGUGCGAAAAGCUGGAGUUCCCAGAGCCGAUAAGAAGAAAGCUAUUGGGCCACCGAUUACGCUGGACGACAAUAUGGCUAGUCUGAGCGCAUCACAUCGUCAUGUACUGGAGGAUUUUGUCGAGAAGGGACGCAAGGCUGUCUCUCAGAUUGUCAUAAGGCAUUCUCUGAGCAGGAAACAGAUUUCCGAUACCAUGCUACGAGAAAUGGCGGAUACGAGGCAUGAGCCAGAUCUUUUCGAGUAUUUCGGCCCGACCUUACUAAAGCUUAUCGACGAGGCCCAGGCUACGCACUUGGCGAUCAUUGAUGCUCAAAGUGACGAGGAGGACGAUCACCCGAGUGGAUCAGGACGCCGUGGUGCGGUCGAGAUAAGUGACGACGAAGAUGACAUGAACGACUUCAUCGUAGCCGACGACGACUUCGAAGGAUCUGAUAUGGGCUCAGACAUGGGAGAAAGUAGUCAUUUCUUCGACGCCUCCACAGAGGUUGGGCGUUUCAACAGACAAAUGUCACAGCUGCAGACAUACGCAGCGCCAACUCAGGGGGCUGGCAUCGCUCCGACAAAAGCUAGUGAGCCAUACAGACCAGCUGGCAAGCGUGGCGCGUACCAACGGCGUUCAGGUGGUCGGUCAUUUGGCAAGUCGAAAGGUGCAGGCGGAGGCCGCAAGAAGGGUGCUGCGUCCACUACAAAGAGCAAGGCGACAACCAGCGGCUCGAGCAAAAUUACUUCUUACACAUCAACAUCAACAGGUGGUCGUAACAGCAAGGGCAGCAGCAGUGGUAGAGGAAGUGGCAGAGGAGGUGCUGCCAGUGCUAUAAGUAUGAUGCCGACCUAG